CUUUGUGCCUUUAUACUUAUGCAUGUAAAAUGAAUAAAUACUUAAAAAUAAAGAAAUAAAUUGUCGUAAUUGUGUUAGGAACUACAAUCAGUCGCACUUCCGUUUCAAAAUAUUCCACGUCAAAUUUCUAUAAUUUCUCUUUAUUCCGACCAUACUGUCUAAACUGUUGAGUUAAAAUCCUAGAAAAUGUUGGAGAUAUAAUUUUUAAACCCCAAUGAGUUGAACGGGGUACUGGGAAUGGAUAAAGGGUUUUAGAUUAUACCAAUAUAUGGCCAGAAUCAGUCUGAGUUGCCGUGGAUGGCAGCUGAGUUGUGCCCCACAUAUCAACUGGGGGUCAUCAAAGGUUCUGGCCACUUGUGUCAUAAGUAUUGCACUUCUUUGCAUCAUAGUCGUGACUGUCAUUGAAACACGUCGUAUUCAAAAUGAAAUCAACACGGCUGAUGCAAGUCCAAGACAUCUGAGGGUCCCUCGGAAGAAGUUAUCAAUCACAGAACCAACAGAUGUCAAUGAUAUGGAUCUACAUUAUGGUGUCGUGAUUGACUGUGGUAGUAGUGGUAGCCGGGUCUAUGUCUACGUUUGGCCCAAACAUUCGGGAAAUUCAAACGAGCUACUACAAAUCGAACAGAUGAUUGACAAAGAUCUGAAACCUGUCUCAAAAAAGAUUGAACCAGGUUUAUCCACUUAUGGAGAUAAAGCAAGUGAGGCUAGUGAAUAUAUUCGACCACUACUUAAGUAUGCUGCUGACCACAUUCCCUCCUCCAAACACAAGGAGACACCUUUGUAUAUAUUAGCCACCGCUGGAAUGAGGAUGCUCACUGAAAGUCAACAAACUGCCAUAUUAUCAGAUCUACGGGUAGAUCUUCCGAUGUAUUUUGACUUCCUGUUCGGUGAGAAUCAUGUUGAGGUCAUAACUGGGAAACAGGAGGGCGUGUAUGCUUGGAUCGCAAUGAACUUUGCACUUGGGAGAUUCGACCACAAUGAGGAUGAAGUUAGCGGAACACCCUUAUCAAAGAUGGAGCUUCCCAAUGAAGGCUCAUCCUCAAAGCCUCAUUAUCGUAAACGCACUGUGGGGAUCAUAGAUAUGGGCGGAGGGUCUGUGCAGAUAGCAUUUGAAGUGGAGCGCUCUGUAAGACUAAAUAGUAGGGAGGAUAUCUCAAAAUCAUUAUUAGCUGAGUUCAAUCUAGGGUGUCAGGAUUCUGACAUUGACCACACGUAUCGUGUCUAUGUGACGACGUUCCUGGGGUAUGGGGCAAACGCUGCGAGGUCUCGAUAUGAGAAAAUGCUUGUAAAUAACACUGUGUUUUAUUCCCCCACUGGCAUGGGCGAAAGUGAAUUACCACCGAUUAAGGACCCCUGUCUACCAGAAGAAAUGGAGGAUACAGUCUCAUUCAAAAAUAAAGAUUAUAAAAUAUAUGGCACUGGCAACUAUCUCAAGUGCAAAUUAAAUAUGCAUAAACUGUUGAACACUAGUGUGCCAUGUCAAAAAGAACCUUGCUCAUUAAACGGAGUCCACCAACCAGAUAUCAACUAUCAUUAUAGUGAAUUUUAUGGAUUUUCUGAAUUCUGGUACACCAUGGAAGACGUUUUUAGGAUAGGAGGAAAAUACAACUUUGAUCAGUUUGAACACAAAGCAAAGGAGUAUUGUGCUAGCAAAUGGUCUACUCUGGAGGAUUGGUUCAACAAGAAGCUCUAUCCUAAGGCAGACCAACACAGAUUCAAAUACCAGUGUUUUAAGUCCUCUUGGAUGAGCAAAGUCCUCCAUGAUGGGUUCAAAUUUCCUCAUGAAUAUAACAGCUUCACUUCAGCUAGCCUUGUAGAUGGCAAAGAAGUUCAAUGGACCCUUGGUGCUUUAUUAUACAGGACAAGAUAUUAUCCAUUAAGACAUGAAUUUUAUCCCAAUAUGGACGAGUGUUUGCCCUCAUACAACGAAUCACAGUUACAAAGCAUGUAUUUGAGAUUUGACAACAACGUUAACCAAUCUGAUUUACCACCAAACUUAACAUCUGAAAACCUGAGAGAGAUCCAACAGCUGGAGUUCCAGCGUUAUCAUCCACCGUGGCAUCGUAGCUCCAUACUCGACAAUCACAUCCUCUUAGUCAUAAUUGUCUUCAUCAUCUUGGCAAUUAUAGGACUCUAUAUCAGAAGAAUGCGCAAACUUGCUGUCAUUCGGGCAGGAUUAUCCCGAGUGCCCUCCAUGAGUUACUUCAUGGUUGGAGAAGAUCAGAUGGAACAAGGAAUUAAAAUAGAGCGGACUAUGUAUAGUUGAUGUAAUUAGAAAAAACAUUUUGGAUAUGAAGAUCUCAAUUUGCAGUUAAAUGCCAAUUCUUGCUGGCAUACAUUUUUAAAAGUUUUUUUCUCAUUCAUGUCAUUUAUGUUUUUGCUUUUCUUAGAAUGUAACAUUUGUUAAUUGAUGUUUUAGUGGGCCUAUUUCUAAACAAAAUUGAAAAAUAAAAAUUUGUGCUCUAUUUUAAAAAUGGUCAGAAGAUAACAGAAGAAAUUGCCUUGUUUUAAUUCUAAUAAUUCUAAUUGACUGUACGAUUUUGUCACACAGUUGGUUGCCAUGACAAUGAAAUAUGAUGCAACUUGAACUUCUCAGUAAUUCUCAUAAUAGGGGUGAAGGCUGUUUAUCGAGGAAUGCAUGUAAAUGGAUCACAUACAUGGGUUGUUGACAGAUGUGGAUCUUAAUGGGAGCUAUGCACAUGUAGUAAACAAUGGAAACUGUCACUGUAAUUGUGGACAGUGGAAAUUUUAGAUCAUUCACUUAGUAGACAUUAGAGGCAAAUUAAUACAGAAAAAAUAUGAUUUGGGAUGAGAGGUUUAUCAGUGCUGUUUUAAACUAUUCUAAAGGCUUCAAUCCACCAUAAUAUACAUAAGACAUUGAUAUAUACUGUAUAUUAUUGAAAGAUAUGCGGUCACAUUCAUUCAGAUAUUUUAUUUAUUUAUUGUAUGUAUAAAUUGUUUGUGCAAUUGACUUGCCAUGUAUGCUACUGUAUAAAUUGAUAAGAAUAUAUUUAACAAACACUGUAGUUCUAGUAUACAUGAAAAGAUGGAAAAUACAUAUUAGAGAAGUGGUCUUUUCACAGCAUCACAAAAUAGUUAUAGAAAUUUUGACUGAACAGAAUUUUAUGUUCAAGUAAUGAAUCUUAUACUCCAUGUUUGAAUGAUCAUUGACAAGUGCUAGUUGUGCAAUCCACCAAUAUUUUUAACAUAGUUCAUCCAUAUGUAAGCAUUUAAAUGUAUAUACUAUGUAAAAGGAAGGGUUAUUUAUCAAGGGGUAGAAUCCUUGGGGUGAGAUGAGGGUGUUUUAGUAUAUACAAGGAAAUUUUAUAUAAAGUUGAAUUCAAGAAACACAAAGAGGAAAGGUGCUCAUAUUUCAAGGGAUCCACUAUAGAUACACGAAAGAGGAGUUCAUGUUAAAGAGGUGUUCAUAUUGUUUAAAUGCAUGAUGUAAGAAACAAUUUAGUGUUGCACACCAAAGCACAAUUUUUUAAUAACAUUCAUGUUGAAAAAGCAGUAGGAACGGAUGACUGUUCAUUAUAAAUUGUUUAAUAUAACUUAUACGAAUGACUGAAUUUGCUCAUACAUGUAUUUAUUAUAGGGCAAAAACGCAAGUUUAAAUCGCAAUAAAUUUGACUGUAAAUAUGCUCAAAUCAAAUGUAUUCUGUUUUUUGUUGAUUG